UCAUUUUUGAGCGAGAUGGUAACGGUCUAAUCAGAUUCAUUUAUCUAUGCUAAGCUACAGCUAAAAGUGGUACCGCCAGACCUGAAGAUUGGCUGAAUGGAUUUGAAAACGGUAAAACUCAACUGUAGGGGAGUUGGAAAAUGAGCAUAUUUUCUAAAAUAGUGGUGUGUUCCUUUAACAUGAUCAAAUUUUAAAUGAAAUGUAUUACAUCUUUUUAACUUUAAAAUGUCUCAGCAAGGUGAUGGUCAUGUAUGCCAGAAGUUUCUUCAUUCUGGCUAAUUUCAACUGACUCUGUUUCAACUAAUCCCAUGUUACAACCAUUUCUGGUCUCCCCAAUAUUACAAUGAUGCACUGUGUUUUGAUGCCAUUUCUACAUGUUUCUUAUUUGAAGGGUUUCUGAUUCCAGUAUGGGAGCCUCAAGACAUUUAGAGAAUAAUGAGGAAAUCACUGUCAUCUGAACGUCCAGUGGACAUCAAAGAGUGGAAUAAAGACUAUGUAAGACAAUGGUUGCUCGAGAUAAAAGUGGACAAAGAAGAUGCAGAUAUUUUGUAUAAUGAGAAAAUUAAUGGAUCUGGUCUUCUCCACUUGAAGAUGUGUAAUCUCACAGAACUACACCUGUCAAUGAAUGCAAAAGCACUGAUACUUUACAACAUAGACAUACUGAAACAAAAGACUGACAUGGUGACUAAGUCUUAUAGCUUAAAGCCUUACCCUUUCAAUAGAUUUAAUGCUGCUCAAAGGUACAGAGAAAACAGCAUUCUAGAUGUAACUGAAACCGGUCCUAAAGACUACAUACAACCAUGCCAUGAAUUCAAAGCCUUCAUCAACACAACAGAAGAGAAUAGAAUGAAAAAAUACACAUAUGAGGUAAUUCGAUUUGCAGCAGCUUGUAUGAAUAGUCGCACAAAUGGCACCAUUCAUUUCGGAGUGGCAGACAAACCACAUGGACAAAUUCUGGGCAUUAGUAUUCAGAACACAGAUACGUUUGAUGUACAACAGUCACAUGCAAUUGUAAAACAUUUCAAAUCAGAAAGGGCCAUUAAAAUAGCAAAGAGGUGUAUAAAACCACCACGAUUUGUUGAAGUUCUCAAGGCUGACAUGACAUCCACAGGAAAGUGUGUUAUUGAGGUAGACAUCGAGCCAUCCUCCAUAGUCUGUCAAGAAUUUUACUUUAACACUUAUAAGGUAGAUAAAAAUGAACAUGAGAUACAAGAGCCCACAACUGCAGAAAGAAAGAAAUCAUCUUUUUUCAUACGAGAGGACAGCAGCAGCAAGGAUCUUAUUACAUCUGAUUCCUUGAAGGAAUAUGAGAAAUAUAUCAAAGACAUGCCACAGUUGUCCAAGCUAAGAAAGGACGCUGAAGAAAAGCAUUUAGCUGUUGUCAAAAACAGCGUGCAAGGUUCUAAACUGUGUGAGAUGAUAACAGGAGGGACCCAGUCUUUGGACAGGUCACACUUUGCAUGGUACAUUGUGGUGGCUAACAAGUCCCAUCCUGUUCAGCUGGAAAACCUGCGGUUCCUUCUUCACAUGGAUCCAGUGGCUGUUUUGGAUUUUGAUCCAGAAUCUGCUGAGAAUGGCUUGAAUAAGCUGUUUGAAGAAAGAAAAACCAAUAUUCACUUACCAGUUCAGUAUAAAAUUACAGGUGCAGUUGAAGACAUAGCAAGCAAGUUAAAGCUGACCAAAAAUACAAGUUGGGUUUUCUGUAAUGGAGGUAUUAAUGAGGAAAACCCAUCUGAUGCUGACAAAUGGUCGAUUGAGAAGGGAUCUUCAGUGCGUGAUGUAGUUUCUUUCCUGUGCAGAAAAGAUGUGCUGCCUCACAAGAAAUUUCUCACCAUUUUCUUGCUGUUAAGUCAGGUGAGUGAUGGAAAAGACCCUUUGCUUGAGACCUUCAAUAUGUUUUUACAAGAGCUCAAGGGAGGAAACCAAAUCUUAUGCAUCAUUGACAAUGAAACAUCAUACACCUACUGGAAGGAUAUCAUUGAGGGCAGAUAUGGAGUUGACAUCUCAACAAGAUGCAUUUAUGAAUUGAGUUUUGUUGAGGUCAAUGGCACUGUGCUUAGUCUGUGGUCAGAGAAUCGCAAAUCAAGCCGCUUUGUGCCUUGUGGUGGUGGCAGUAGUGUUGUGCUCUCAAAGAAAACAGAGGACUCCUUAGAAACGCUAAGUAUUCUUUGUGUGAACCAAUGUGAUGGAGGAAAUGAGGACAAACAAAAACAUGAGGAGAUAUUUUACAAGGGAGGGAAGGUGUCUUGGUGGAACUUUUACUUCUCAGAACAGCCUGGGUCAAUGCCAUUUAUUAAACGAGACAAAUUUAACUACAUAAUCAAUACUAUUAUUCCAGACAUAUGCAGUCGGAAGAGAGUGUGUGAGUUUUUCAGCAUCUUCCAUCUUCCGGGCUGUGGUGGCACUACACUAGCCAUGCAUGUUUUAUGGACACUCAAAGAUAAAUUCCGUUGUGCAGUUCUGGAAGACACAACAAAUGAUUAUACUACCAUAGCUGAACACAUAGUGCAGCUUCUAACAUAUGAGACAAAAGAGAAACCCACACAACUUCCCGUUUUGCUCAUGAUCGAUGAUUUCCAAGACAUCUCUGAUGUAAAAAAACUCCAAUUUCAGAUUGAGGAGGAAUGGUUGAAACAAAACAAAAAUUCAAUGUCUCCACAGGUCAUAAUUGUCAACUGCAUGAGAGCUGAAUCUAGUGAACAGACUGAUGAUGCAGUUUUCAUUGGAAACAAUUUAUCUGAGAAGGAACAGGAACUGUUUGAGGAAAAGCUAAAGGAGUUUAAGAGGACCAACACAAACAUUAAAACAUUUUAUGGCUUCAUGAUUCUGAAGAAAAACUUUUCACCUAAGUAUAUUCAGGGUAUUGUGAAAAAUACCCUGAAGGGUUUCAACUUCGAAAAAAAAAAAGCUCAACUUUUUGCUGUUCUUGUCCUCUUGCAUGUCUACUGCAAGAAUGCAUUGCUGUCAGUCUCUACAUGUGAAGAGUUCCUUGGUCUGCAAACCAAAGCAGAUUUUGAACCCUGCAAGGUCGAAGAUGGAUUUGAGCAGUUUUCAACUCUUUUGACAAGAUGCACAGUCAAUUCCAAAGUUAGCUUUGAAGGUGUGAGGGUAAUCCACUACAGCAUAGCUCAACACUGUUUGAAAGAACUUUCAACUUUUUCUUCCAAAGUGACAAAGGCAGACAUCACUAACCUUCUGCUCACAACAGACUCAUUUUAUGAGUAUGCUCUGGGAAAACAAAAAUUAAUGCAGGAUGUUCACGACAUGCUGGUGAGGAGACAGUAUUCAGCUGAGGAUGAAGACUCACUUUUUUCUCCUCUUAUCCAAGAUAUAAUGAAAGAGAUGCCAGGGAUGGAAGAAAUUAUUCUACAGAAUGCAGCAAAGUGCUACAGGAAAGAUGCAGUAAUAUUCCAGCUCCUCGCCAGGUACUAUUACAUCAAAAAAUCUGACUUUACCACAGCCAUGAUUUGGGCGAAGAAGGCCAAAGGUCUUUCAAAAGACAACUCAUACAUAUGUGAUACAGUGUCACAGGUACUUGUACGUGAGCUCAAGCAUGAGGUUCACAAAGACAGAGAUGAUCCCAUCAAGCCAGAAAGUCUUGAAAAGUAUCUUACAUUGGCUAAGUCUGCAGGAGAAGCUUGCAAAGAAACACAACAAAUUGCAAACAAAGAGGCAAAAACUCGGUCGGAAAGACUAAAGGAUUAUAAUACCUACAACACUGCUGGCCAUCUUGGUGAACUUCAAACUGCAGCUAUUGUCAUACAAAUACUGCAAAAGACACCACUGUUUAACUGUCUUGCUCAAGUCCUGUCGGGUAAAAUUAGCUUUGAAGAUCUGCCAAGGAUGAACGAUGACCUUGAGCAAUAUUACCAAGUAUUGCAGAAGCAUAAGAGCUAUCUUCUUCAACUAAAGGACACAAUGAAGAAUCAUUUUCAUUUUCUUAAUAAUUUUUUUGUCAAUUUAGUGCCCUUUUUUGCAGAGAAAGACAAACAAAAAGAGCUGACAAAGCCCAAGGUUUCCAGGUACUUUCAACAGUAUAUUGAUCUCUUUUGUAAAAUAAAUUGGAGUGAGCUGGUCAACAAUGAGCACAUGAACCUCAUUGUUAAAACUGAGCGGACGCGCCAAUGUCUGGAGAGGAACAAGGGUGAUUCCUAUACUGGCCUUCUGGAAUAUUUAUAUAAGGGAGACUCGGCAUCAACUCUUGAAGAGAUCAUCCAGCAGUACGAUUUUAUUCUGAAGUGGAAAGAGGCCAGACACUUGAUGGACAUUAUCAACUUCAUCUAUGCCAAUGUAAUUCUGGCCAACAUUAACCCUGAAUCUCAGUAUAUCAUGCCGUACCAAGACCUUUGCAACUUACUACAUCAAAUAAUUGACCACCCCAUACCCUUCAGUGAGAUCCUGCCAUUGCACUACAUCACAGUGUUAUUGUUACGGCAAGAGGAGGACUGUACACUACCACCUUUUGUGUCACAAAUGAAGCUGUCAUACUUAAAAGACCUGAGACCUGUGUCUAAUGGAAAGAGAGCAGCUGUCCAUUUUUACUUAGGGAAGGACGAAGGUUACGGUGGCCUGAUUUCUCAUAGGGAUAUAAACAGCUGUUUAGGAUCUGAGCAGAAUAUCUCAACUAAAUGGGAUGAUGAAAAAAUGUGGGAGCGAGUGAGAGACUGUGAGAAACUUUACAGAGCUUCUGGUAAAAUUUGUGGUGGUUUUAUUAGUGCUGCAGAUGUGAAGGUCGAUCCAAUGUUCAGAAGCCAGUUACCUAAAGAAUCUAGCAAAAGAGUAUCAUUCUUCAUCGGAUUCUCAAUGAAUGGACCAGUUGCACUUGACAUAGACUUUGAGUCAUAAGGUUCACAAGCCUGAUUUAAUGGAUCUGACUGAUGACCGGAGAAACAAGAAUGAGAAAACUUUAUAGAUGUCCAGUUUAAAACUAAGACACUCAAGUCAAAGGAGUUCAUGGACCAAAGCCAACAUGAACUUUUUUUUAUUUGCCUCAUUAUUAUAUCUUACAUCACUCAAUCAAUUUUUUAAUCAUUAACGUUGCAUGUUUUUGUAGCUACUUUGUUUUAGCUAAAAUAGUUUAGUCUAAUUGUGUUUGAUGUGAACUUCAUAAAAGGGUGUGACAGCACUAUGUGAGAGGCGAGUCUGGCCAGUGCCAGCAAUACACUGACAUCCAGAGGGCAAACAUGCACCUGUGUUGUACUUGAGUUCAUUUGUUUUUCUUUAUAUGCAUUUUUCUUACUGGAUUUUAGCCAUAUAUCGAUAUAUUCAUAUACAUUUAUUCAUAUAUCACAUAUUCUUUAGAUUUGACUUCUAUUUUUAUUUAAUUUAUACUUUAAUAAUAAUAGGGUCCAAUGUUUCAUGUUAAUCUGAAGGGAACUUUCCAUAUUGAUUUUUUCACAGCUGUUUUGCAUGUAUUUUGAAUGAUGCUUUGCAUUGUGUUGUGCUUCAGGGUUGAAGGAAAUGUUUGUAAACUUAACGGAGGUACAGGUAAUUUUCUGCCAGGACAUUAUCUGUUUUUCUACUGAUUAUUAUUAUUUUCUUACAGUGUGCAUUUGUUUCUUAAUAAGCCUCAUUUUGCAACUCUGCAAGGCAGCAGGUUUUUCUGUAGCUGGGACAAAGAACUAAGUAUAUUACAGUAAAUGUCUGCAUUCAAGGUCUUCAAGGUCACAAGGCACUGUUAAGAAUAGUCCAUUCCUUUUGCUUGUGAUCAUAACAUUUGUUAAAUAUAUAUCUUUUAAAGCAAAGGUUAUUUAAUACACUUAUAUACCUUCACUUCCUUUCCCUGCUCAUGUGCUGCAUCUAUUCAUGUCAAGUCUUAAUAUGUGUAUAUUGCUUUUCAGAAUCAUUUCAAAACAACUUUACAGAAAUGUCUGCCUUACAAUCCAUGCUGGAUACGUAAAAUCCACGGUAGAUAUACUGCAAAUUAGUUAAAAUGUUUGUUUUCUCAUCUACUGUCGCAUGAAAGUCUAUAAAUUUAUAUUACCAGAAUAUUUACUACAACUAAGAUAUCUUACUGUAUAUAAAAUAACUGAAUAAAAUAAUAGUCCAACUCCUUUGUUA